CAAAACCAUUGCAAAAAAAUUGUUGUAGUGAAACUAGUUGGUGCUAUAACCGUUGUAGUGAAACUACUCUUUCCGUCUCCGACUUUAUUGAAUCUCAUCAUGGUCCACCUUCUUCUCUUUUGUCAAAUCCUACCACUCAAGUUACAUCUCGCCAUCCGACCCAAAGCCUACGUUGAUUUCCUUUGAGUAAUGGGAUGAAGAUAAGUUAGAAGAUCCCGAUUUGAAACCUGAACUGGAGCUUGACACUGAAAGAUCGAAAUUGAUAUCGGAUUAUACUGUUGAGAUAGUUCGUGUUUCUUUCUUAAUUAUGUUUGUAACAAAUUAAUUUACUGGGAAGAAUAAGAAUGAGAACAUAGUGUUAGCUUGGGAGAGUCAAUUCGCAACGAGGAAUUCAAUAUUUGAUAAGAAUUUUAGUUUAUUGGGUGUUGGGGAAACGGAAGAUUCUCCAUUAUUGUUAAAAGAAGGAUAAAAUAUGCUCAAAUUUUAUACUAGUGGGAAGAGAGUUUGUCAGGGUUUACUGGUUACGAUGGAGCUAAAAAGUCGGCAAGAUUUGAUAUUGAGGUUGUAUAAUAUGGUGGUCCCUUGUAAAGAUGAGAUAACGUUCAAGGUGUAUAUGAAUGAUGAUGCAAUGGAUCAUGUGGUUGUUGAUGUGGCUAAGAAGAAAUUGGCCGAGAUAAUGCAAAAAGAGAUUACGGAUCUCCAGAGAUUUGCAUCAGUGGUGAGUCCAUCAACUGGGGAGAAGUGGAUUACUGAUGAGUUGGUUGUUGUUGCUGAGUCCAAAGAGGUGGUAGGGGAUAUGAUCAGUGAAACCGUGCUUGAUCAGUGUUGAUAAGAGAAGUUACACAUCAACUUAUCGGGAAGAGCUGAAAUAUUAUCUUCGGACGGCACCAGAGGAUCGCAGACGACGGAUCAACACGUUGGAUUGGUGGAGGAGUAAUGAAACACAAUAUCCUAUGCUUUCAAGAUUAGUUAGAGAUAUCUUGAAUGUUCCAAUGUCAACCGUUGCAUCAGAGAGCGCCUUUAGUCAGGGACGACAGCAGCUUGGACGACAGCAGCUUAGAGACAACCGACACUCAUUGGGAAACAAUGCAAUGAAUGUUCUAGUUUGCCUCAGAGAUUGGAUUAGAGCGGAAAGAAGAAACCAAGGAAUGGAAUCGGAGCCGAGCGACGAGCUGAAACUUGAAGAAAUUAUGACUUCACGGGAGAACUCAGCAGAAUCAAGUCCAAUGCAUGGUUUUGCCCUCGUUGACUUCGACUAUCCUAUGCAAGUUCCCAUUAAUAUUAACAUGAAUGAGUUGAAAAAAAUGAUGCAUAAUUUAUAGAUUUUUAAUUCAUGUAAAUUAUAAAUUUUGGAACAUUUUGCAAUCAAUAAAAUUCCCCAAAUUCAUU